AUGCACCUCUCAAUCAAGGAUGCCCUCCUUCCCCAACCAGCGAGCUUUUACAAGAAGAAGCAUUACGAAGUCCAUGAUGUCUUGGGCAACGGAACUUUUGGCAAAGUCGUCCACGCAACCUGGCAUGUGCCGCAAGAACAGGCGGCUCUGGCUGAACAUGGGGCAUCAGCUGGUAUCGAAUCAGACUCUUCGUCUCGACUAUCGAGGGCGAACUCAAACAUUUCCAAGCCUUCGCGCUCUCGAUCGCCAUCACCGUCCGCUACUUCUACAAGCGCGAUAAAGAAAGAGGUGGCACUUAAGCUCAUUCCGAAAAAGAAAGUAAAAGGCAAUGAAGCUAGCGUUUGGGGGGAGAUGGAGGUGCUUAAAGGACUCGAUCACCCGAAUAUCGUCAAAUUCUACGAAUGGUUCGAAUCGCGCACAAAAUACUACCUAUCGUUCGAGCUAGCUGUCGGUGGAGAGUUAUUUUAUCGCAUCCAGGAGAAGGGCAAGUUCACGGAAAAAGACGCUGUAAAUGUGGUCAAAUCGAUAUUAUCUGGUGUCCAGUACUUGCACGACCAUGACAUUGUUCAUCGAGACCUCAAACCUGAAAAUAUCCUCUACCGUACAAAGGAUGCUCAAAGCGACAUUGUUAUAGCCGAUUUCGGGAUCGCAAAGCACCUCCAUGCUUCGGACGAACAACUGUUGUCGUUAGCGGGAAGCCCAGGUUACGUCGCUCCUGAAGUCCUCACCAAACAAGGCCACGGGAAGGCCGUAGAUGUUUGGGGAACAGGUGUCAUCACCUACGUCCUACUCUGCGGUUAUACGCCUUUCCGAGCAGAAAACCCCGAGGCGCUCAUGAAGGAGACUAUCGCUGCCAAAAUCGAAUUUCAUACCAAGUAUUGGAAGAAUGUCUCGGACGAAGGUGUGCAUGUUGUUGACCUUCCAAGUGGAUUUGUCCAACCCAAGACUUCAGGCAAAGCUUUUGUGAAACGAUUGCUCAAUCCAAACCCUUCCGAGAGACCAACAGCAGCAGAAGCUCUAAAUGAUACAUGGUUGACAACCCAUGACCCUUCGACGGAACACGAUCUUGGUGCUGGUCUGCGGGAGAAUUUCGACCCUCGUGCUCGCUGGCGAUCUGCCAUCGCAAGUGCUCGUGCUUUAAGCCGACUUAACAGUGGCUUGUUGGCCCAGCGUGAACGGGAAAAGAAGAAGCAAAGUGGUUGGGCGGCUGUCAGUGAUGACGACGAUGAUGACGAAGAAGAGGAGAAUGGUAAAUCAAGCGGUGGAUUGAGUCCCGGCCUAACCCCAGCAACUACACAACCCGGAUUGAGUCCUGGCGGAGGGGAGGCGGACAAUAAACACGUUUCAGUCACACCGCCGCCCCCAGCAACUGAAAACGAACAAGAAAUGACCGAAGAACCGGAAGGCAUAGACGGAGAGGAAGAUGUCAAGCCAAAACCUAAACCACAUCCACAUGCGAAGCCGGGCGAAGACGACGAUUUGCCCAUGCCCGGGUCAUUUGACAUGUCCGGUCCAUCGACUGAGGGUCAAGGUUGGGGGGAAAUGUUAAGGAAGUUGACUCUACGACAGUGA